AUGCUGCAAAAUCCACUAGAUGGGCCAGAUCGCCGAGGGAUUGCAGCACCUGCACAGCAAGGAUGUUGCCAGAACGUGAUCGUGGUCAAUGAGGACACUUCAGACCAGGGUAGAUGCAAGUUGAUCGACUUUGAAGGGUGCGGGGUGGACAGUAAUGCCGCAAACUCGUGCUACGAGUGGUUCAGCUGUCGACCUGCGACGCCGCGGAUCAGCGAGCAGACCGACAUCUUCGCGGACCACGACGUCGAACAGCUCUACCUGGCCAAUCGCUUCCCGGACCUGGCGAAUCUGCCACACGCUUGUUGGCACGGUCACUUCAAUACAAUGGCGGAUGUGAUUCAGACGCUCAAAGAACUGGGUAAUGAACAUACUGAGUGA